GCCGCACGCCGGGCCGCGAGGGGACGGAGCGAGGUCGGUUGCACCAACACCGGUACAUAGGCGUGGAUCGGCGUGCCCUUGGGCUUAGAGAGCGGGACGUCCGGCUUGCGAGCGGGAACUCUUGUAUCGCGCGCGGAAAAAGCGAUAUAAAAAUGGGUGAUGUUGAGAAGGGCAAGAAGAUUUUUGUUCAGAAGUGUGCCCAGUGCCAUACCGUGGAAAAGGGAGGCAAGCACAAGACUGGGCCAAACCUCCAUGGUCUAUUUGGGCGAAAGACGGGUCAGGCCCCUGGCUUCUCUUACACAGAUGCCAACAAGAACAAAGGCAUCACCUGGAAAGAGGAAACACUGAUGGAAUAUUUGGAGAAUCCCAAGAAGUACAUCCCUGGAACAAAAAUGAUCUUUGCUGGCAUUAAGAAGAAGACAGAAAGAGAAGACUUAAUAGCUUAUCUCAAAAAAGCUACUAAUGAGUAAUAGUUGGCCACUGCCUUAUUUAUUACAAAACGGAAAUGUCUCAUGCCCUUUUUUAUGUGUACCAUAUUUAAAUUGAUCUCAUACACUAGAAUUCAGAUCAUGAAUGGCUGAUAGAAUAUUUCUGUUGAACAGUCCUGAUUUAAAUAAGAUUGGCUUGUGGCUAAAUGGAUACAAUAAGCUUUUUGAAUUUUGGUAGUAAUUCUGGUUCAGCAAGUUAUCCGUUUUCCCCUUCUAAAGAUGUGAUGGAAUUUGAUUGGUGAUGUUCAGCUUUUCACAGAGAUGUUGAAUGCCAUCUCAGAACCUGUAGGAGAUUGGUUCUAUAUUUAGAUUUAUAUAACUGGUUAUAGUAAUAUAUUUAAAUACUGAGGCAAUCACUGUCUCAGAACAGAGCAAGACUCACCUGUUUCAAGUUUUGUUCAUUAGCCUGUUAAAGGCAAGGGCUGAAGAUAAGCUGGCAGUGUCAACUUUAUCUUUUUGGUCUUAACUAUGCCAAUUCAAUUAAAACUCCCUGUGUCCAAAAUGUUGCCUUUUACUUAAUGAAAGGCAUUUUAGUGUGUUUUAUGUGAAAUAUCAAAUAAAGAGUAUUUAACACUUGUCAGAUUUUAUUGAUCUAUAAGGUCAGAUGCUUUUAAAAUGAAGCGUGACGAUACAGUAGUAAACUUUGCUUGUGAAUUAUUUUCUAAGUCAGACUAAGUUAUAAUUCAGGAUUGUCUUUUAACCAGCUAUUCAAAAGCACACACGACUGUAGAACUACUGUCUAUGUGUGAUUGAUAGUGGUGCUUUUGCCAACUCAGUACAGGAGAUAGACCAUCAGCACAAAUUUGUAAAUUAUGUGAUUGUAAGGCUUAAGAAUUAAAAACAAAAUCACAGGU